UAAAAACAAAAAAAAAAAGCGAAAGCAUGGAGAAUGAACAGGAUGAACUCAGACACAGACAUUUGCAGGACCAGCAUCGUAGCCAGCAUCAACAUCAACGACUUUCAAUUGGCUACCCCAAUGUAAUGCUUCACGUUGGCUCUCGAGAAACGCAGCGCUCGCCGUAUACUGUCUACUUUGAACAGCAAAGCGAUGCGCUGUCGGAUGGAUAUAUGCUAAUGCCCUCAUAUCUGCAGACGUCGGAUCCGCAGGCAACUGCGCACAUCAACAACAUGGAGGCGUCAACAACAGCUGGAUAUGUGCCCAUGUUUCAAUAUCAGACAGCCCCAAGAUCACUGAAUCGGGAAUCAUAUGCGGAGCCAGCGAGCUCAACUGAGGCUGCUGCUGGAUCACUUCGAGGUGGUAGCAGCAAGUGCCGUAAAUGUAAUGGGAUGCGUGAGGUUUGUCACUGUCAUUUGAUGCGUGAACUCAGCAGCAGCGGCUAUAAUGUGGCACCGCCGCCAGUAAAUGAGCACAGUGUAGAAGAGCGAGUACAUUCGACACAGUCCACGGGAAGCUCGGGAAGUAGUACAACAGAGCCAACCCAAUUCUUUGAGCUCUCCUCAACUUCGACGGCAGCCACAUCCACACUUUCGUCUGCAGCAAGCUGUAGCAUUGGGGGUGGUGGCGAUAACUCUGCUCCUGUUACUGGUGCAUCGCAGUUCAUUCCGAAUCACACUCAACGUAAGACUGAAACGGAAACCCGCUCAUCGCAUGCCUAUGCAGUGGAGCGGGCUGACCAAAACAUACACGACGAGCAGCAAGCAAAUAACAACAAUAACGAUAAUAAUGUUGACAGUAAUGAGCGCGAAGUGGCGGCGACAUCGCGACUUGUUAGUAUUUGGCCAGCUGCAAUGGAUGAUCAUGCUGUCGAUGAGCCGCUGCUCUUGCAACCGACCUCAAGUGUGGUGUACGAGCUGCCCUCUAGUUCGCUGCUUAGCUCCAAUGCCAGCAACACGAGCAGCUCCUUCGAGGCGAACAGCAGCAAUCAGCAACUACCGGCGCUAAACAAUAGUAAUAAUAAUUCCACAGUCUACGAUGAUGUCACAUCGAGUGCAUCGGACACGGAGCAUGUGCAAUUUGCAAAUACACGCACCACCAACACAACAACAACGACGUCGGCGCAAAAAAAAAAGCAUUCACAGAAUCGAUCUCGCAUUUCAGCUGGUGGAGCUGCAGCUGGUGAAUCAUCAUCAGCAACUGCAUCGUCUUCUUCGACAGUAAUUGAACUGGAUGCCACGCCCAGCACCAGCGCCCAAGCACAGCAGCAGCAGCGGCAACAACAGCAGCAGCAACAACAACAGCAGCAGCAUCAACAUCAGAAUACUUGUAAUUUAUUUCGGCUACGACGCUACCACAAUAACAGCGCCAGCAUUUAUGACCUCGACCAUACGGGAGACAACAGCAGUGAUGAUGGCUGGGAUCUGCGAACACACAAUGCACCUGCUGGCGCUCCAGGAGGCAACCGUUCACGGCCGCAAAGCAGCAGCGAUCUGGAUGCACUUCACGCAGAUCACACCUACUAUAAUAGUCGUGGUUAUGUGCAUGGCAUCAUUGGGCCACCGUUGCUGCCGCCGGAUGGCAAUUUUAUACGCUCCACUUCGGCGUCUUGCACAACGGACACACAUACAACAUGUAGUGUAGAUUACGGCGGUCGUGAUAUCUGUGGAGUGCAUCGGCUAACCACAGAGAGAACCAACGGCAAUGCCAACGCCAGCUCGACAUCCUCCGGUAUUGCGGAUCCGCAGCAAGAACAACAACAGCGUCCUGCCGCGGUGCUGAAAACAUGCUAUGCCUCGGGAUUGGGCAGUGGCAUUGUGCGAACACGUUCGCGAGUCCGCUCGAUGGAUGAACCAAUAACCGCUAGCAGCAGCAGCAAUAGUAGUAGUAGCAAUGGUAUACGUCAUCCACCUAGGAAACUGGCACGUCUGGAGGCGCACAAUGAUGUGCAACUGUCGCCCAUGUCGAAUCUGUCACCAACAAACUUCUAUGCAUUUCAACCAGGUCGUCAUCGACAUCGCACUUUCGCCGAAUUGGCUAGAGCCAAUAAUCUGCAGGCGCAACAAGCUGCAACGAGCCAGCCGCAGCAGCAGCAACAACAGUCAACAAGCGGUGGCUCGUGCGUAAUUGCUUAUGUUGGCAGGCCCCGUGAGACUGAUGGCAGAUUGACAUCUGGAUCGAGGGAGCAGCACAAUCUGCCUUCCACCUCGACGAGCAGACGUCACAAUCACAAUCCGAAUGAUGGAGAUGCGGUGCUAACGGCCCCCGACUUGCAGUUGGAUGACUGGUCUUCGGACUCGAAUGGCGAGGACGAUGACGUUGUGUUUGUGCAUUCCACACGUGAACCGAUACUCUCCAUUGAUCUAACCUCCGAUGAUGAUGGUCUGGGAAGCAGUAACGAGCCAGCACUUCACCAGCAACUACAUCAGCAACUCCAGCAAAUUCAACAGCAACAACAACAGCAGCAACGUCACCUGCGCGAAGAGCCGCUAGCCACAUGCAGUCGAGCUGAUGGGAUGGCAGUCCAAGCAGCAGAAUCAAAUGAUGCAACAGCGCCAGCAGCUGCGACGCUGUUGCCUCGUUCGAACUCGGCCAAUGAAUAUGAAGAUCGACGACGUCGUCCUGCGGCGGGCACUUCCUUCGCCUUCUACAGCGGCGCUUUGGCGGAUCGUGCGGCCAUCACAGAUCACAACUACAGCAGCUACAAUCAUAAUCCAGCGCAGGCGCCGACAAUUAACUACCGAGAUGUCAUGGAAGCAGCCACACCAUACUCACGAGGACCCCUAUGCCCUACACGAUGCCCGCGUCUUCAUGCCACUGUUGCACAUUCGCAACGCUACUUUCAGCCAAUUACUCCGCCACCAAUUUGGCAUUUUGCACCAUUGGCCGAAGCACCACAACCACCGCCGCCGCCACCGCCGUCUAGUGGCAAUGCUGGCAAUUAUGUGCGCAUGUCUCGUGGCAAUGCGAAUACGGCUAGUGGUGUUGUGGCGCCACCACCGCCGCCGCCGCAGCUUGAUGCCGUGCCUAGUGGUGGCAACAGUCCGGCUUACUAUCACCGCUAUCAGCCGUACUAUGUGCCGCAUUAUACGUUUCCGACGUUGCCUGCUAGCCGAAGUCAGAAUGGCGGCGGCGACUACUCACCAGGUCCACCGAAUCCCCACUAUCAAGGCGGUCUGAGUAACGCCAAUGGCAGUAGUCGCAGUUCGUUUAGUGGAGCGAUGAGUGCAGCAGCAGUGGCUGCCACGGUGGCAGCCGCGCAGGCGCAAUCCUUUCAUGAUCUACUGUCGCUAGCAAAUGUACCCAGUUCACCGGUGACCAGCAUGGAAAGUGGCAAUCUUGAUAAUGACUAUCAUCGCACACAAACGCUCAACAUUCUGCGGCGUGCCACAACGCCAGUGGCAGCAGCUGUGGCCACGGCCGCCGGCGGCCCGCCUCCGGUCAUGUCAUCCAUUGUGACAGUGGCAGCUGCGGUAUCGCCGCCACCACCGCUGGAAAUGUAUUCGGGUCGCACAACGAUGUCGUAUUGCGGCUCACCGCCAUUUAGUUUGCGCCGUUCGGAGGCGUACAACAAUCAUCGGCAGCAUUAUCAGCCGCAACCGCAUCAAGGCCAUCAGGCGCCGCAGAAUCAAAUGCACGCUCACAUUCAUCCGCCGCAUCGGGCAAGUGCGGUGGUGGCCACUUCGCUGACACCGGCGCCGCCAUAUGCAGUGCAUCAGAAUCUGUAUUAUCGGCAGCAAAACAUGCAGGAGCUGCAUCGCCGUCAUAUGACGCCAACGCCCAUUGAUCUCUCUUCCAACCCGCUCAACUUGACUAGCAGCUUACGCCCACGCUACUUGCACACCAUCUGCAACUGUGUGCAUGCCCGCAACGGACCUGUUUCCAGCCUUGAUCCUGCUUACUAUCCGGCAUAUGAUGCGGUGCAGCAGCAAACUACUUCAACAGCCUCUGCACCAAUUGAUGCGCAUCAGCCUCAUCCACCGCCACCGCAAUAUGGCCUGUAUCAGCCUCCUCAGCAACAACAACAGCAGCAUCAGCAACAACAACAGCAGCAGCAACAACAACACCAACAGCGACGGCGCCCUGCAAUACAUCAUCAUAUGAUCCACCAUUAUUCUCCAUUGCAUCUGGAAAUCGGCUUGGCCACGCCCCUUUCGUUGGGCUCCUCACGCAUACUAAUUGGACCACCGCGUCCCAAUCGUGGCGCUACUUUGGAAAUCAUUGAGCGCAAUACUUUACCGCAUAAAUAUCGACGGGUUCGACGUCCCAGCGAAACGGACGAAGAUGCAGAAAAAUGUGCCAUUUGCUUGUCCCUCUUUGAGAUUGAGAACGAUGUGCGCCGGUUGCCAUGUAUGCAUCUCUUCCAUACUGAUUGCGUUGAUCAAUGGCUAGUCACGAAUAAGCACUGUCCGAUUUGUCGCGUCGAUAUUGAAACACAUAUGGCUAAGGAUGCACUUGUUCCCAGCUCGAGUGGUGCCGCUGCUGCUGCUGGUACCGCUGCCUUAUAUUUGGGUGAUCUGAUCCUCCACUUCCUUCAGCUCGAAGAUGGCGUCUUUUGUACGAAAAUCCCACAACUUAACAGUUCCCGCAUCAUCGCCGGUGGCAAACAGACGUUCGUCGAGCACAUGGAGCUUAUUGAUGGCAUCAUCGUGAGCUGUCUCAUAGAGUUUCUUCAACUUCUCCGUCUCCAUGUCGGUAAUCAUCACACACUUGUCUUUGGAGCAAGUGAUCAAACUGCGCCCAUCCUCUGUGAACUCUACGUCACGACAAGCCUUAGCAUGCACUUCAAUCGAGCGCAAGAGUUUGUUUUCUUCGUUGCCGUACUCAUACAAGUGGACAUCUCCAAUUAUGGUGGCCAGAGCGAUAAUAUCGCGUUGCGGAUGAAAGCAAAUGUCGGUUAUGAAAUCUUCCAACUUGAUCUCUGGCGCUGUCUGUUCCUUGCGUCGUUUGGCAUUGCUCGCACCGCCAGCUGCCGCCUCAUCGAGCAUGGAAUCAUCCGAGUCAGAGUCUUCAGCAUUUGGGUCAAAGCUACCAUCGCUACUGAUGCUAUCGUCGGAGCUGCUGUGGACAUCGUUCUCUUGGGGUGCCCCCAGUGCAUCCAUGUCCACCAAAUCGUAUUCGUCAUCGUCGCUCUCCGAUUCGUUGAGCACCUCUUGUUCUAUUUCAGCUAUAACACCAACUACCAUAUCGUCAUCAAUGUCCUCGAGCUCAUCUUCAUCGGCUGGCGUCUUAAAAUGCUCAUGCCUACCACUUCGACACUGGAUUCCGCCUGCAUGACACCGAGCGUGGCAAUCUUGAAAUGCGGUUUUAAUGGCGAUAUCGUCAAUUCGUAUUCCUCGGCUGCCUUGUCCAGUUCAUGGAAAAUAUUCGACAUGUCGGGACCACGCAUAAAUAUCGUAUUCAAACUGGAACUAUUUGAGUCCAGUUCAUACUCCAUGGGCUCCUCCACAUUGUUGUUAUUAAAAUUUUAUCAGUAUUUAAGUUGUGUGGUGCUUCACAAGAUGUCUAGGAAACCCAUUGAUUAUGUGAAGCAGAUGACAAUGUCGAGCUUUCUUGGAUUAGAGGAUUCCAGCCAAAGUCAAUCGACGCUAUCGAAGAAAGCUGACCGAAAAAAUAUUGUGGAGGCCAGGAAAACUAAAGCAAAGUUCUAUAAUCCCAUCUAUAUUGAUUCAUCCUCAUCCGACGAAGAUGAUAAACAACCUUCAAUUUCAGCAACUGAAACAGGGAAAUUAUCAAGGAGCAAGACGACGGAUAAACCCUGCACAAUCGGCAACGCUCUUAUUAAAAAGUAUAGCUUUGAAAACGAUAAGCAAUCGCCAUUGGCUCCACUUUCAUUGCCAACGCAAUCGCCAUCAGGUUCAGCCAUCAGCUCAGACAUAAAAAAGAACUUUGAUAACUUUGAGGAGGAAUUGAAUAGAGAUGCCACUUAUCAAGCGUCGUUAUCAAAGCUAAAUGGUCACAUCAAGAAGCUAUCCAUGUCGCCGCAUAAACCACUACUAAUGUCGCAGUCGCCGCUAAAAUCCGCAGUUUAUGAGACACCUACAUUGAACACUUCGAAUACGAGCGGAUCCCAAGACAGUUUUGACUUUCUGGUGAAGCAAACACAAAAGAAGAAACCCAUCCUAAAGCUGGAGCAGUCCACAGAAGAUACGAAAUUGAGAACUCAGGCGGAUUCAAAAACAGAAACUAGCGUUGUGAAACCAAAACUCAAAAUUGUCUUUAGCAAUUCACUAGCCGAAUAUUUGCGAGAUUUGGGACAGUAUGAUAUUGAUGUAAGCAAGACGGAUUUUGGCCAACAAAAUGAAUCGACGCUAAAGAGCACUAUGGGCUCAUAUAAAACACGCUAUGUGGAGCUAAUGGAAAAAUAUUGUGAAGUCAUUGAUCAAAUACCCGCUGCACAUUUUAAUGAAAUCGAUGGUUUUGAGCCAAACACAUUUCUGAAGCUCAAGGUAAUGCGACAGAAAUUCAAAGCGCGAUCUCAAUUGCUGGAGCGGCAAAUAGAGCGACAGAGGCGUGAACGUGAAGCUGCUGUGGAAAAAUGCGAUUUUGAGGAACUUGAGCGAGAGGAACGCGAGAUGCUGGCUGAAACAAAGCAAGCUCCAGCACUUGCGCCAAGCAAACCAAAUGCAAUCAGUGAUAUUAAACCAGCGACAAAAGCGAUAAGUUCAACUGACAGCAACUAUACAAAUGGCGUACCAGAUGAUUUUGAUGAUUUGGUACCCGUGGCAAGUCCACAGUAUGAUCCUGAUGAAGAUGAUUACUUAGCACAGAGCAUGUUGCUGGAUGAUGAAGAGAUCAACGCGAACCCUUGCGAGCCUCCAGCUCCUGCUGCAGCUGCCAAUAAAACUAACCCCGCAUCAAAGGUGGAUUCCGAUGAUGAUUUCGAGGACACUUUAAAACAAAUACGUGACGAGCACGAAGCGCAGCAAGGACGCAAGUCUCAGUACAAUAAUUGCAUUUAUGCGGACUUUGAAGCUGUCAAGCUGCCGACGUCUAAAGAGAAUUUACAGCCUGCCCAGAGAAUUAAUUUUGCUGACAAUAAACCGUCGACUAAACCAUCAACAAUCGUGCUGGACGAUGAUGGUUUCCCUGAGUAUGAUCCAGCGCUCUUUGAGCAGGCUUUUGCCAAGGCAGCGAAUUCGAGUAGGAUUGAUUUGACCAGCGAUUCGCCUUCCACAAGCCGGUUAAGCUCUGAAAUAAAACUACCAAAGGCUGCGGCACAAAGAAUAUCGGGUAAUUUUCAUUCUAAUGUGCACAAUGAUGGCACCACUGGCGAGUUCGAUGGUCAAAAAUUUGAGCAUUCAACGCGUUUGAUGCAGGCGCUGAGUUUCAACUUUGGAUUGCGAAGCUUUCGUCCUAAUCAACUGCAGGUGAUCAAUGCGGCGUUGUUAGGCAACGAUUGUUUCGUCCUCAUGCCAACAGGAGGUGGAAAAUCGUUAUGCUAUCAGCUACCCUCAAUUCUCACAGAAGGCGUUACCAUUGUGAUUAGUCCACUCAAGUCGUUAAUCUUUGAUCAAGUCAACAAACUGGCUUCUUUGGAUAUUUGUGCCAAGUCUAUGUCUGGUGAGCAGACAAUGGAGGAAGCUAUGGCCAUCUACUGCGAUUUGGAAAGACGUCCACCGCUGGUCAAACUGCUUUAUGUAACGCCAGAGAAAAUUUCUAGUUCAGCGCGGUUCCAGGAUAUUCUGGAUCAGUUGUAUGCCAACAAUUAUAUUAGCCGCUUUGUUAUCGACGAAGCCCAUUGUGUUUCCCAGUGGGGGCACGACUUUAGGCCCGACUACAAGAAAUUAGGUAUACUGCGAACACGCUUUCCCAAUGUUCCAUCCAUGGCGUUGACUGCCACGGCAACGCCACGUGUGCGCAAGGACAUUUUGCAGCAACUGAAUCUCACGCAUUGUAAAUGGUUUCUUUCGAGCUUCAAUCGCAGCAAUUUGCGUUAUCAGGUCCUUCCCAAGAAGGGCGCAUCAACCAUCGAUGAUAUGCGCAGCUUUAUACAAACACGUCCGGCUACCGCUAGCGGCAUUAUCUAUUGCCUUUCUCGCAAGGAAUGCGAUGAGGUUGCCAAUAAGAUGGUCACGGCUGGAAUACGUGCGGUAGCCUAUCAUGCUGGCCUGACUGAUAAGGCACGUGAAUCACGUCAAAAGGAUUGGAUAACAAACAAAGUGCGCGUCAUAUGCGCCACUAUUGCCUUUGGAAUGGGUAUUGAUAAACCAGAUGUGCGCUUUGUUUUGCACUACUCGUUGCCCAAGUCCAUUGAAGGUUAUUAUCAGGAGGCGGGCCGCGCUGGUCGCGAUGGCGAAAUAGCUGAUUGCAUUCUCUAUUACAACUACAGCGACAUGUUGCGUCUCAAAAAAAUGAUGGAUUCUGAUCGCGCACUUCAAUAUCAUGUGAAGAAGAUUCAUAUCGACAAUUUGCAUCGCAUUGUUGGCUACUGUGAGAAUCUCACUGACUGUCGUCGUGCCCAGCAGCUGGACUAUUUUGGCGAGCACUUUACUAGCGAACAGUGUUUGGCGAAUCGUCAAACUGCCUGCGAUAAUUGCUUGAAGAAACGCAACUACUCAAAUAUCGAUGCACUCGAGCAAUGCCGCAAGGCAGCGUGUGCCGUCAGGGACUUGUGCAGUGGUCGCUCAAGAUUCACGCUGCUGCAUGUGGCUGACGUUCUAAAGGGAGCUAUGAUUAAGAAGAUUGUGGAGUUCGGGCAUAACAAGACACCACAUCAUGGGGCUCUUAAGGACUGGGAUAAAUUGGAUGUGCAGCGACUGCUGCGAUAUAUGGUGCUUAAGGAAUAUUUAAAGGAGGAGCUCAUCUUUACAAAGGAUAUUCCGCAGGCUUAUCUCUACCUGGGUAGCAACAUAAAUGCACUCAUGAAGGAGAGUCCCAAAAUUGACUUUGCACUCACACGCAAGGACAGCGGUGGUUCCAAGGUGGUGGCUACCGUCUCAGAACCAACUGCAGCAGGCAACAGCGAUAUGCGGCAUGUGCACGAUCGUUGCUAUAGCGAUCUGCUAGACUUGUGUCGCACUUAUGCUGCUGCACGCAAUGUCACCAUGGCCAGUAUCAUGAAUAUGCAGGCGCUUAAGGCGAUGGCCGAGGAGCUGCCUACCACAGAAAAGGACAUGUGCGCCAUUCCCCACGUCACCAAGGCCAAUUUCGAUAAAUACGGCGCCAAGCUGCUGGAGAUCACAAGUGGCUAUGCCACCGAAAAGGAAUGUCUGCUGGUCAUGCAGGAGAUGGAAGCAGAUGCAGUAGCUGCUGACGAACCAACGCCAACGGCUAAUGACAGCAACGAUUGGGAACAGGCGGCAGCGCAACAAGGCUCCUCUGGUGGUAGCGAAACGUCUUUCGGGGGUAAACGCAAGCGAGCCUGGCGUGGACGUGGAGCUUCUAGUGUCAAGCGAUACAAGGGCGCAGCAGCAUCGCCUGCAGCGGCACGAAAGAAAGCCGUAGUAACAAGGGGCACUCGAGGAGCAACCAGAGGCGCUGCUGCAUCGAAACGAGGCGGUGGCUCGGGCUCCAGUUCGUGGUUGGGUAAGAAGACAGGCAGCAGCAGCGGUUUUCAGAUGAUGCCUUUGCCAGGAUCACGUUAAGUAGUUAAGU